AAAUGAAGCUGCCUUGCCUUGCCUUGCCUUACUCCUCUACAUCUCACCACUCCCUCUUGGCGAUGGACCACUGAGAGGUGGAGCAGCACUGGAAGAGGAGAGCUGCAACAUCACAUUUCCUGAAUUGAAAGUGAAAGUUUGUCUGAGUCACAGCUGAGCUGCAGUCGAGUCAAGUGUCUCUGUUUCUCUCUAAAGAAACAUUCAACUGAAUCCAGCAGCGUUUUUUCUCAAUAACAGCAGGAUCUCUGCCAAAAACUGAGUGUCGAUAUGUCUGCUGCCAGCUGUCUGCUGACUGAAGAUCAGUUUCUGUGCUCCAUCUGUCUGGAUGUGUUCACUGAUCCAGUCACCAUACCAUGUGGACACAACUUCUGUAAAACCUGCAUCACUGAACACUGGAAUAUUAAUGUCCGGUGUCAGUGUCCCAACUGUAAAGAAGCUUUCAACUCCAGACCUGAGCUGCGGGUCAAUACUUUCAUCUCUGAGAUGGCUGCUCAGUUCAGACAGUCAGCACAGCAGAAAGCCAGCAGCAGCAGCAGCUCAGAGAAACACGUGUCCAAACCAAGAGAAGUUCCCUGUGACAUCUGCACUGGAACCAAACUGAAGGCCCUGAAGUCCUGCCUGGUGUGUCUGGACUCCUACUGUGAGACUCACCUGGAGCCUCAUCUGACAAGAUCAGGCCUGAAAAAACAUCAGCUGAUCGACCCUGUGGAGAACCUGGAAGGCAGGAUGUGUACGAAGCAUGAUAAACUGCUGGAGCUGUUCUGUAAGACUGACCAGACGUGUGUCUGCAUGCUCUGCACUGUUUUAGACCACAAGAUACAUGAUGUUGUUCCUCUGAAACAAGAAUAUGAAGAAAAGAAGGCCGAGCUGGGGAAGACAGAGGCUGAAAUUCAGCAGAUGAUCCAGAAGAGACGACUGAAGAUUCAGGAGAUCAAACACUCAGUGGAGCUCAGUGAGGAAGAUGCAGACAGAGAGAUAGCAGAAGGUGUUCACGUUUUCACCGCUCUGAUUGAGAGAAGCCAGGCCGAGCUCAUGGACACGAUCAAAGAGAAGCAGAGAAAGAUGGAGAAACAGGCUGAAGGCUUCAUCAAGGAGCUGGAACAGGAAAUCUCUGAGCUGAAGAAGAGAAGCACUGAGGUGGAGCAGCUCUCACAGUCUGAAGACCACUUCCACGUCCUCCAGAGCUUCACGUCCCUGAACGCUGCUCCGCCCACUAAGGACUGGACACAAGUCAGCGUCCGUCCACCGUCAUAUGAGGGGACUGUGGUCAGAGCUGUCAAUCAGCUGGACGAGACGCUCAGUAAACAGAUGAAGAAGCUGUUGGAUGUUGAGCUGAAGAGGGUUCAGCAGUUUGCAGUGGAUGUGACACUCGAUCCUGAUACAGCAAAUCCCUGGCUCAUCCUGUCUGAUGAUGGAAAAGUAGGUAAAUAUGGUGAUGUAGGGAAUGAUCUCCCAGAUAACCCAGAGCGAUUUGAUGCUUGUGCUAAUGUCUUAGCAAAGCAGAGUUUCUCUUCAGGAAGAUUUUAUUAUGAGGUUCAGGUUAAAGGGAAGACUGACUGGGAUUUUGGAGUGGCCAGAGAGUCGAUCAACAGGAAGGGAGAGAUCACACUGAAUCCUCACAAUGGUUACUGGACGAUAUGUUUGAUGAAUGAACAUGAGUUUGAAGCUUGUGCUGACACUCUAAUUGAUCUCUCUCUGAAGUCUCGUCCUGAGAAGGUGGGGGUGUUUGUGGAUUAUGAGGAGGGUCUGGUCUCCUUUUAUGACGUUGAUGCUGCAGCUCUCAUCUACUCCUUUACUGGCUGCUCCUUCAAAGAGAAACUCUACCCAUACUUUGGUCCAUGUCCUAACUAUGGUGGUAAAAACUCUGCCCCUCUGAUCAUCUCUCCUGUCAUUCUCACUGAGUAGAAUGAUAUGACUUUCUACAGAAAUAUUCACUCAUUUAAUGUAAUAUUGUUUCAAAUUCUGAUCAAUGUGUCUUAUUUCCAUGUUUUUCUUCAAUAUGCCACAUUGCAACUACAACACACAUAUUAUAUAACACUAAUUGAUAUUAUCUACCAUAUUAAAAUGUAUACAAAUAUUAGACGAGAGGGUUUGAUUUAACGGCAUUAACGUGGUAUGAAACAAGGUCCGUAAGCAUCACUGAAGUGCCAAUAGUAUGACGUUAAAUCAAACCCUCGAGUCAACUUGAGCUAACGUUAGCGUUGUAGAGAUCGUGGGAUUCCCAAACUGAAUAACUACAACACACCUAACACUAAACUGCUUUGCUAGCUCAAUCUUGUUAUAACUAAGAUAUCUGCUGAAAAAAAUAAAUGUUUCCAUUGACAGAUUUAGCCCUUGUACUGUCCGCAAAAUUCACAUGUAGCAGCUUUUUACAUAGCACCAAGUCACAGGCACAGCUGAUCCAAACAUUUCCAGUGAAAGUUAAUUUCAGAGCGUGGCAACAAAUAAGUAAUUUAAUCCAGUGAAUUACUUUAUAUUAGGGCUGUCAGCAUUAAC